AUGGACUGCAGCAAGCGUGUGGGCUUCUUCUACGACGAGCUCCUGAGAAAGUGCAUCAAUUGCUCUAGCGUCUGCGGACAGCACCCCGUGCAAUGUCGACCAUUCUGCAGAAAAGAUCUGGCAACCACUUUACCAGUGCCACCCGCCCUCCAGGCUGUGCAAUGCAAGCUGGAUGGGUCUUGUAACCAGCCGGUCAUGGUCUACCUGACCUUGGGACUCUGCUUGUGCACCUUGCUCUUCUCCUUGCUGUUGACCUGGAAUUACUUUAGAAGGUCAGGGGAGGACAUGACCUGCCGAGCCAGAACUGUGGCUUGUCAUAAAAACAAGGACAGCACGAAAGAUCAUCUAAUGGAAGCAAGGAGCAUGGGAAGUGAAUCCAGUGGCAGCCAAACCCCAGAGCCUGUCGAAACCUGUGGGUUUUGCUUCCCUGAAGCAAGCCCCGCUGUUCAGGAAACCCGGGCGUGUCACAGGACUUACCAACUUGGGAUGCAGAGGGAUGCUGCUGUUGCAGGAACAAUUCCAACCCCUGAAGAUGGCCACUUCCAAAUCAUAUGCUCUCCCUCACAAGAAAAGAUGCAGACGACCUGAGCCGAGCUGUGAUUGGUAAUGAGAUACUAAAGGAGCAUGUUCCCACCCCAAACCCAAAACCGUUAGAAAGCUGCUUGAAUUUCUGAGGU